CGUAAUCGUAUACGUCUUCCAUGCGUUUCUUUUACGAUGAGAACAAUUAUUCACUUAUUCAUAUUUUUGUUCUAUUAACAAAGUCACCAUCUUAAUAAUAAAUAGGUUUUCUAAUGUCACACUUACGGUCACAGAAAUCGAACAGAUUUUUUGUGUCUUAAACUCUACUUACAUCAGACAACAAAAAAAUGUCAUCCACAUUUCGUUAUUACCUUAUACGGAAACGCUAUUUUAAAGUCCAGGCCACUCCGCUCAUGAUCAGUCUGAACAUGUCUUGCCGAUACUGUGGUUUUAUGAACUCACUAAUGCAGAUCAUUGUGUGAAUUAUCAAGUAUCCUCCAUUAUUGCCAGUUUUUUUGCAGUAAUACAAUGUAUAUACAGUCCUUCCGAUAUUGAGAUCGCGAUCACAGAUGAAAAAAAUCAAUGUAUCGAUAAACCUGAAAAAUUUUGGGUAUCGUAGGACUCGUUGAAACUUUAUUGAAAAAAAUUUCCCUUUUCUUUUGCGCUUUUGGCCUUUGAAGAAAAUAUUAAUAUAAUCAUUGGCAAGAAACUAAAGUUUUCCUAAUUCCGAAAGUCUUCAGGGGGAGUGCUUCUGAAAGCUUUCAGCAAAAUCUGUAAUUGAUAAUUGUACAGGUAACUAACAUUUCCGAACACAGAGUUAAGCCGUUUGCGACUCAGGAUUGCGAAUUAAAAAAAUGUGGUGCCACAGCUAAUCGUAACCAAAUUUUAUUAGUGGAAACAACUUGUUAUAUGUAUAAUGGUAAUAAAUUGAUGAGCUGUAUACUGUACUAUUACUGGUUUCUCAAUUGAUGAGUAUGUUUCUUGGUAACAUUAAUUAUUUUUUUGUUAUUCUUAAUUACUUAUCUCGAAAUUUAUCAUGUAAUAACGGCUGCUGGACGCGCCAAUUAAAUAUACUCUCAUCACUAGUAGGAUGAUAAAAGUACAUCACGUCACCAAAAAAAUUUUAUCAAAAAUGCAAAAGUAACAGAGGAAUAUUUUUUGUCUGAAUGGGACAAACAACAGUUUUCUAAAUUUUAUUUAUUUUUAACGGAAGCUUAAUCCUUAAUUCCAGCGAUUCAGUUCCUCGUAGGUAUUUUAUUCAACUGGUAUCAAAGCGAGUAGAGACAAAUGUGCAUAUGUAAUAUUUUAUCGGUACAUUGGUUUGAAAGUCACGUUACAUUGAUUACGUAGGAAUCAGUGAAUUGACAGAUAGUGAUGUACGCAAGUGCAUAUAAGUUGAAGAUGAUUGAAUCACAUUUUAUGAAUUUCAUAAUAUUAUUAUUUGCAAUGACUGACCUGCAGCAAUGAAAGUUGCCGGGUAGUUAUAGGGGAAAAAAAAAAGAAUCGUAGCUAAUAGAAUGAUAGUGCAAUUGAGUUCAUUGAUAAACUCUGGCACUGUUUGGUUGAAACUGCUAAAACAUGUUAAAACUGCUUCGUUUAUUAUAGAUGUAUAUCACUUCCUGUCCAAUCUUACAGUGGCAAUUGAUGUCAAGUUGAAUUUAUUGCGAGUGUUAUAGCUCCUGCCAUUUUUACGAGCGUAAAUAUUUCUUAUGUUCUUCUACCAACACUAUUGACCUGCGUACGUUUUUUCGCCCUCCACCUCUUGAUCUUGAAUCUAAAAUAAAAAUCAGUCCGCAUCAGUUUUGAUUGGUAUGCUAUUGUACGUAUUUCCAAUAUUGUAUAAGUGCAUAAUGUAAUGUUAUACGUCAAUCAAUCAAUCAAUCAACCAUCUGUACGCAACGUCACAGGUCACAUGCGUCAAAUGACUCAGUAGCGACUGCCAUUAAGCAUCGUGUAUUGCAUCGUGUGUCAAAAGAAAUAGUUGUAUCGCUCUCGAAUAGUAAGAAAAAUUGGUAUCCCCAGAGCCAAUAAGUCACAAGGAUUCGUGUCUGGGAAUCGAGGCUUGGCCCGCUCGCAGACUCACUAGCGCCCUGAACACAUUCCAUUUGCUUCUCCUUGGCCAAUGCUCGGGGUGUAAUGCAGGCUUCCAGUAGCAGCGAGGUUUCACUAGACAAACGUUACAGUCCAAGCUUCAGAGAUCAAGCAGAAACGACCAACACUCGCCAGGGAAAAGGUUCGACAAAACGAAAGCGUGACGAUGUUCUCAGGAUGAAAAUUCACCGCAACAAUUGCACAGUUGACGUCUUGAAGCCUGAAACUCACUUGGAAAGCACACCGAAUACACAACAUUUUCUAAUGCUGGAGAAUAUAACAUCUCGAUACACGCAUCCAUGUAUAUUGGAUUUGAAAAUGGGGACCAGACAGUACAGUGAUGAUGCGUCAGCUGAAAAACGUAGCAAGCAAAUUGCCAAGUGUGCUGCCAGUACCUCUGCUUCUUUAGGAGUUCGUCUGUGCGGAAUGCAGGUCUACCAAGCAGAUUCAGAUCAUUAUGUUAAAAGAGACAAAUAUUGGGGCAGAGAACUCAAUGAAGAAGGUUUCAAAGCAGCUCUAUACCGCUUCUUCCACAAUGGUUUUGGUUUACGAACAUUGGCCAUUCAAAGAGUGAUAGCACGCCUGGAACUUUUACGUCGCGCAAUCGAAAGACAAAGCAGCUAUAGAUUUUAUUCCUGCUCACUUCUUGUCGUCUACGAGGGGUAUCAAAUAGAUGGCUUUUCAGUGUUGAGACACACCCCGACACUUCGAGUUGAAGAAGAAUCGACAGACUUAAAUUUCAUGGAAAAUAUUGCUCAUGGUUCUGAAACAUGUUAUGACGCAGACACAAGUAACAAUUCAAAUGAUUACAAUCUUAGCAGUCAUGAAGAAGUUAGCCAAGCCACACUCCACAGGGGUUUUGGAGAGGCAGCUGCACGAGGGGCCAAAAAUGCUAGUGGCUUUUAUCCAAUUAAUGAGGAAACUGUGUUCAUGGAUUCACCAACAAACAUGGUCAGCACUGUUGUUCAGAGCUCGCAAUUUGACAAUUGGAUGAUGUACAGCAGCAGUAGUGGGGAUGAAUUUUGUUGCGGGCAACACACAGCUGAUAGUUCUGAAGACACUAGUUCGGAUCUAGAAAUGGAAAGUACAGGAUGUGUUUUAAAGCGUAACAGACCCAGGCAACAUUUGCGAUUAUACGAAAACACUAAGCAUGUCGAAACAGAAGAUGAAUGUUCGAGUAUUUCUAAAAGAUUACGUGUUAAAACUGACGAGGAAAAACAGUCAGAAAGUGAAGAUUCCCUCGUCGACGUAAGAAUGAUCGACUUUGCCAAUAUGUCGUUUAACCACUCCGGAAGUUCUGUGGGGAGUUCAAAUUCAAAUUCUACGAUUCAUCAGGGUCCAGAUUGUGGCUUUUUGACUGGCCUAGAUAGCCUGAAACGGCUAUUAUUAGAGAUACUAACUGAAGGUUAAAAUUUGUGUAAUGUUAGAUAAGCAGACAAUUUAAAUAGCGAAACAACAUUUUAACCCAAAAUGACAAAUAACUAGACACUCACGUGGUGAAAAUGAUUUAUGCAUUAUAUAACUCGAACACGUUAUUUAUAUAUAUAUAUAUAUGUAUGUUUUUAAAUCAAAUAACAGAAGUGAAUGGCGUUAUAUGGAGAGACAGCGAUAAGAGAAAUAAACUCGGAGCAGAAUGUACAAAUCUCGAGUUCAUCUCAAAUUUCUCGUUAAUAACAAGUGUAUAGAAUUCAAGGGGUGGGCGCUCGGUAACCAAAACGGUCAAUAUAACAAACAUUAAAUAUGUACAUAAAUUCAUUACAAUAUAUUUCUAAGUCUCGAUCAAAUACCCGGUGAAACUUGAGACAUUCGUUAGGAACAGUGUUAUGAACACUGAUGAUCAUCGUAUUGAUCAUAAAACAAAAAUAUAUAGUAUUUUACCCCUGUAUGAGCAUACUGUCCAAUUUAACGGAGUGCUUUGUUCCCAAGGGAUACAGUGGUUACUAAAGUAAUAAAAUAUGAUUUUUAAUUAUAUAACAUUAAUAUUAGAAGAAUAUAAGUUAUAAUCGUGUACAUAAUGUAAAAAUAAUAUUGCAUUGAAAGAAGUACAUAGUAUAUAUGUUACACCUUGUAUUUUAGUUGCACCCCAAAAGUAUCCACCAUCUCGGUCAAUGUAUUACAACUAAUAAAGCUCCAUCUAAUUUUCUAGAAUUUUCUAAAUUCUUAUACCUUUCUAGGGAGCGCGGCCGAAAAGGGGUGAGUGUUUCUCUACAAAGAGAAAUCGAUUUCUCGUUAGAGAAGGCAAUGAUUCCGUAUCAUAUAACAAGUAUUAUCAAUACGCGUAUUUAAAUGUGUGCGAACUUAUCCUUACUUACCGAUUCGUGCAGGAGUUUCAUACUGACGGAUGAUAACUUAUUGAACUGAUAGCCGCAUAAUUACAUAUAAAACAGUUGCUCUAUCAGCCAACUCUUCACAUAUGAGUGGUAAUCAUACAUAGCGAAGCUUAUGUGUUUGCUCUUUAAGAUAGCAAGAAGAGCAGCUACAACUGGUUAUGUAGAUAAAGUGUCAUUCCCGUCAAUAAUAAAUAUUGCUAAAUCAUAAUACGCGUAAAAUGAUAAGACGUAUGUUUUCAACAUUGGUUGCAGAUAUUUCGAUUUGUAGCUCAGAUCUAAUCAAGACUUGGUCAAUUAAUGAGUUAUGACUUGAAUUAAUACCCAAUUUUCAAAAUUAUCAUUAACAAAUGCAUCUUCACAGUGAAAUAUGAACUCUAGAUUGUAUAGUUUAAUCUAUAAUAUGAAUCUUAUCAAGUGAAAGUCGCACCAAAGUCGUUUUUGCUACUACUGUAUGUAAUUUAGUCUGCCGUAUUUCAAUGCAUUUUCAUAAGAGAGCUAGACUACUAGGAAUAAAAUUUAAAUAAUUACCUAUACAGGAUAUCUAUGAUCUACGCAGUAACUUCUACUAAGAGACAAUAACCGGCAUCGUCAAUUGAAAAUGUGCACCUAACAUAUUAUCAGGUAAACACCAUCAUAAUUAUCCGCUCAUCUAACAUUUUGCUGUGAGUCAUAAUUCAUAUUUACCGUUAGUUAUGAUUCGGUUUUUUUACAUUGAAAAUAAUGGAAUCACUUUUAAAGACUGACAAUUCUACUGCUAGCGUCUAAAAAAAAUAAACCAGUGGGUUUUGGAUUAAAAUAGUUGAAAAUAAGUCAACACUCAAUAAAUAAUGAACAUCUGUUAUAUAUUUUGAAAUCUGAUACAGUGUAUAAAUUAUUAUUUUUGAUUACGCAUACUGAAAAUAGAACUCGAGUGUUAUGUGGUAAUCAAAAUAAUUAACAAUCGAGCCGGUAAUUUGUAAUUCCACAAAACAAUCGUUUGGCUUUCUCUUACAAUCCUUGAAAUGCCAAUCGUCAUUAUAUCUCUUUUCUAUGUCAAGUGACCAGUACCAAACAUAUUAGUACGUAAAAUUCAACCUUGCAAUAUUAUACAUAAUCUCACGUAUAAUAAAAUACUUUAUUUUAUU